AUGCAAAAUUUAUUCCGGAAUGUUAAGGUGGCUUGUGAGCAUGAUUCGCUAAAUCUUGGUGAUGUGUUCAUUUUGGACUGUGAACUCGACCUUUAUGUGUGGAUGCCACCGGAGAGUGGCCGACUUGAACGCAUUAAGGGAAUGUCACAAGCAAAAAGUAUUCGUGAUGAAGAACGCAACGGUAAACCAAAAGUGCAUGUGCUCGAUCUUGACUGGAAUAAGAACGAUGCAUUCUGGAAGAUAAUGGGCGGCAAGCAGAAUGUUAGCAAGCUGAAGUCAGCGGAGGCUGGAGGAGCAGAUGAGAACUUCUGGAGAACGAAUAAACAGCAGAUCACGUUGUGGAGGGUUUGUGAUGAAAGUGGAAAAAUUGAGGUGACGAAGAUUUCCGAAGGCGAUUUCAAAUAUGAUCAGCUGGAGUCCAAGGAUGCAUUCAUUUUGGAUGCUUCGAAUGGAGGUGUUUAUGUGUGGAUUGGGAAGGGUUGUACGAAAGAGGAACGCGCCAAAGCAGUGAAUUGGGCCAAUGAUUACAUCGACAUUCAGGGUAAACCUGAAUGGACACAAGUGAUUCGCGUAAUGGAGGGCGCUGAGCCAGCCAGUUUCACACAGUGGUCAACCAGUUGGCAGGACGGCAAUGCUGCUUACGGAUUCCAACCGAAAUUAUUCCAGUGUAGUGAUGAAAGCGGUAAACUGUCGAUCGAAGAAAUUGCUAAUUUCACACAAGAGGUUAGAUGUUGGUGCAAUUGCAGAAAUGUUGUGAUGCAAAAGAAACGCGUUCUCCAUGGGAUUAUCCAUUGGAAUUUUUCCUGA